AGAAUGUUUUUAUUAUAUAUGUGCAGUGGUGUCUUACAAUGAAGUACUGUUCUUAUUCCAGGAAUUCUUUGAGUGGCUUCUUGAGAACUUGCCUACAUUUUCUCCGUGUGUGCAACCGCUCCUUGAGGGGAAAGUGCUUUCACAAAGACAGCACAAACAGCUAUGUCGCCAGCUCCGGACAGAAAUCGCACUCUUCUUAGAUGAGAAUGAUAUAAUCACCAGCAGCAACACUGCCCAAUGUCGUUGGAUGUACAAGGCCCUUGGAGAUGCUCUUGUAAAGAUGUACCCACACCUGAUGUGGGAUGAACCAAAGCCUGAAAGCCGGCUGCAGAAAACAAGAAGCCAGGUUUACAGUGCGUUCAUAAGGAGGCUGUCAGUGGCAAGAAAGGUCCGGAAGCACCGGGCAAGGAAAAGUGCUGUAUUAGUUGUGUCGCCGGCACCCCGAGCAACUAUCACAAAUGAGAACGCUGCUUCUGAACUACAGGCCCUAAGCUCUUCAAGUAUGAGUGCUGCAUCACUUGAUAUGCAAAGAAUGAGAAUCCUGCUGACGGUGACGCUCCCAGACCGCCGCAAUACACACAUGGACCCUCUCCCACAGUACUUUUUGGUGGAGGAAAUACUGUGCAUUGAGGUGGAACUUCGGUUUGGAUCGAAGAUAACAGAACUUGAGAACAAACUUGCUGCUGUGGUGCGAGUCUUCUCGGAAAAUGAAGAACGGGAAUGCACGCUGGUAGAUGUUAUGAAGCACAUACAAGGCAAUGUUGGGCACAGUCUCAUAUGUGAGAUGGCAUUGCCAGCUGAGGACCUCCAAGUAACAGCACCCCACAUUUACUGCACUCCUGAGAAGAUUUGUGUUUUUGCUGGCAGCCAAGCCGAACUGAUAACAGUCUCCAAGUCUGGAUUAGGACGGGCACUUAUUUUUUGCCUUUUGACUUACUAUAUUAAGAACUUAGAAUAUCCAUUUGCAUUUUUCCAAAUGCUUGCUCUCGUGCAAAAAGUUGUGCUGCCAGGAGACAAGCUUGUGAAAGGACUGCUUUCUCCUCGUCUGAAGCGUCUCUGUGCGCUCUUAAGCAAGAAAAAUGUAAUCUAGACUUUCCAUGUUUUUUUACCAACUGUGAGGGGAAAGAAAAAAACAACAAACAGUAGAACCCCACUGAUACGUUUUUCACGGGACCCUAAAAAGUAAAUGUAAGAGCCGGGAAACGCAAGAGCCGAGAAACAGGAAAAAUUGAGAAAUGAGAGUAGUGUUGAAUUGCACACAAUAUUAUUUUAAUUCUUACAUUUGAAAAAAAAAAGUCAUAGCCCGAACGCCGAAGCAUCGAUUGCGAUAGCAAAUUAGUAGACAGCUAUACAAAGUAAGGAUAGUAGUUUUAUCGGCAGUAUAAACUUGUAAACAUUUACUUAUUACCUAUAUUAACAACCAUGGUGUCAGCGCCCACAACAAACAUGAAAACAUCACACUCGAUGAGCGUGGACACGCGCUGUCAAACGCUGGCGUGAAGAAGCGCUGCUGCAGCAGCGAGCGAAGUGACCUUUGUGCUGUUGUCUAUCGCUUCAACGCAAACCGAGCGCCGAGAACACGCACAAAGCUACAAGCCGCUGACGCACCUACACUGCCUAGACUCUGUCGUCUGCUACCCUCGCAGGCUUUUACUCGUGCGGCGACGGCGUUAUUGCCCUUGGACUUUAUACGGAGCAUCUAUAUAUGCGCCAAAACCAAUUUGAGGGCCACAACGCGUCAUAGACAGCAUCUUUUGAUAGCAAAUAUGGAUCUCAAAGGCCAUGCCUUUGCUGGCGGAAACCGAAAAUACGUCAUAGGUGUCGCCCCGGCACUUUGGGUGGCCAAUCCCAUCAUCAAGCUAUGCGACAUGAAAAGUCAAAAUGGCCGCUCUGGCCAGUGCGGGGUGGCAGUUCACAACGUAUGAAGCGGGAACGGUCCAACAGUUGUGACGCAACAGCGGGGUGACGAAUGCAUUGGGUUCUAUGGGAGCUCUGCCUGGACCGGCCGAAAACGACAAAACCAAUUCGCAGCAUCCGGGAACGCAGCACCCGGGAACAUAACAGCGGGCUUCUACUGUAUGUGAUUUAGUUCAAAGCUGUUGGUUAGCUCCAAAGGUGGGAGAGGCUUAUUCCAUAAGCAGCUGUUUUUUUUGUUUUUUUCACGUCAUUCCUUGUUUACUUCUAGUCACAAGCAGUGCAUUUAAUUGCUCUAGUCAUUUGUUCGUCUCCCUUCUGGUGGAGGAUGGUUAAUUUUGUUUUACUUGCGUAUUUAUAGGCCUCAGAAUUUCUUAUAAACAUAGUUUAAGCAUUUAAUUCACCCACGUAGAUGGUUCUGUUUUGCAAAGAGUAAUGCACUCUAUUUGCCCUUCUUUGCUCAGUACUAGUAGAUCGGUAUAUAUCUGCACCUGUGCAGAAAUCUAGUAUUGUAGUUAUUAAAUAGCAUCAAUUGUGAUAUGUUUGUCAUUUCACACAGUUGUGCUUCGCUGACUGUAUAUGGUAGGUCUCAUGGAUGGUAUUUUUGUAUCAGAUCUUGUUGAAGAAUAAACUUGUAAUAAUUUCGCACCUGAGAGUACUCCAACUUAUUUCGCGAGAACGUUCACAGAAUGGUAAACGGAACAGCUUAUUACAAAGGCUCAGGUGCAUAGUUAGGAAGUGAAAUAUGACAUUGCCUUCAAGUACAUCAAAGAAACUCAUUGUCACCAUAUCAUUGCCAGCAGCGCUUUGCAGUAUGCUUUUGCUCACCUGAACUAGAUUAUUAUAGCCAACCUGUAGAUGUUGCUUCCCCAAAGUGUUCUUCAUUGAGUGUGUACUUCAAGUAAUUUUGUGCCUUUGGAAGAUGCAUUUUUUAUAAAUUGUAGCUUUUGUGCACAAGUAAUACUCUAGGAACUGGGGAUAUUUUUGGCUUUCACAUAUAUUGGAGGGACAUUAACUAAGAGGCAGUAUAUGUUAGAGACCUACAGCUGAGUUAUAAUGGCAAUCAAGCAGGAACUGUACCCAAAAGGCUAUGUUAAAUUUAGGGGUUACUUCAGCUAUUUAUUCAUAUGUCCUUAUUGUGAUUGCGAUGUAUUUUUAUAGCUAGCCUAUAAAAUCUAUCACCGCGUCAUGAUUAAAAAUGUUCUGCAUCUCGAAUGGGGCCAACAGUGUGAUACCUGUCAGUUGCGUCUGAUUUCUUUUCACCACAGAUUGUCAUGCAGAAGUUUGCAUUAUGGGAGUGAAAGAAAAAUGUUUGGGUCAAUACCAAUUCAAGAAAGUUACGUGCUGUCUUCAAGGCUUCAAUGAAAUGCAUUUACAGUGGAAGUCUUCUUUAUAGUCCCACAAUUUAAACACCAGCAUAAUUAUAUAAUCUGAGGUAAGAACAUAUAUCACUCAACUGGCAGGCAUGACAAUAUCGGCCCAAUUCGAGAUGCAAAUACCUUGUCGUGGAGCAUUGUUUAUUUUCUAGGUUGGCUAUAAAAAUAGAAUGCAAGCAAAAAGAAAAAUAUCCAUAUAUAUAUAAAUUGCUGAAGUAACCCAUAAAUUUAACAUGUCCUUUAGAGGUUACAUUUGCUUUUAGAAAAUAAAAGUCUACGGCGUAACCUCUAAAGCUGCAUGUUUGUCAAGGGUAACAAUGUAACCUAUACUAUAUUGGUUACAAUGUACCUUAUAUUUUGUAUUAGUUACAAUGUACCUUAUAAUAUAUUAGUUACAAUGUACCUUAUAAAUGUGAAUUUGUGCACCUAUACUAAGGGUUACCCAGCUAAGGG